ACACUGCGCAUGCUCCCUGCCUCCUCUCCAGCCACACGUCAAAGGGACUUGAAAGCUUGAAUAAAGAUGCUCAACGUCUCGGGUCGCUGGAGUCUUGUCACCGGGUGAAACCGAGUCCUACAGAGGGACGCACGCAGCGGGAACGUGCAGCUUUACCGGAACGACAGCCUCGUUUUUGGGUCUCGAGCGCGGGGGCACCGACAUGGAGCUGAAGAAAUCUAUUUCGGACACCGAACGCGCGCUCAGGAGCUACGGAGCCGUAUCGGAAACGGCGUGGACAACGGACAAAGGCCACUCAGAUGUGUCCAUGGCAGAGAGCACCAUGUCUCCAGAGGAAAUUGAAGUGGAGAUGGCUCGUAUCCAGCGCCUGCGGGAGGUCCUGGUGCGCCGAGAGUCAGAACUGCGUUUUAUGAUGGAUGACAUUCAGCUCUGCAAAGACAUCAUGAGUUUAAAGCAGGAGCUCAGACAGAUUGUCGCAGUACCAGAGAAAGAAAAGAACAAGAAGCACAGGCAGCGGGAAGAGGAGCUGAUCCUGAAGAUCCAUAAACUGGUGCAGAAGAGGGAUUUCCUGGUCGAUGAUGCUGAGGUGGAGAGAUUAAGGGAACAAGAGGAGGACAAAGAGAUGGCCGAGUUCCUCAGGCUGAAGCUGAUGCCUCUGGAGCAGAAACUCAAAGUCACACAAAAUCCUCCAAAGUCCAAGAGACAAAUCCCCGAGCCGCCUCCCAACAAACCGUUCAUCACCAAAUCAGGGGCGGCCAUCAUUAAGGACUGCUGCGGAGCCACCCAGUGUGCCAUAAUGUAACUGGCACAGACUUCUACAUGCCGGAUACACAUCACAUGACAUGACACGACAUACAUCCACCCCUCCCUCUCCGUUACCCAGAGAACCUCAGUUAGCAGUGUUUGAUCUUGAAACUGCUCAGGGAUCAGAUUUGUAGUUUGGCUGCAGGGAGCUGAUCAGUAUUCAAGGGAAACUCUGCAGGAAAGAUAUUCGUCAAGAGUGUUUAUGCGUGAUGCCAAGAGGAGAGAUGAAUACAUGUCGAUGUAUUUAGAAGCAGGUCAUUCCCUCAUUCCAUGAUGAUAUGAGCAGAACUACAAGCACAAUAAACUAACAGCUGAGGUUCUCUGUCUGACGAGAAAAGAAUUGAAAUAUCUGUUUUCAUCCCAUCGUGUUUGACAACAGGUAUUUAUAAUGUUACAUGUCAGCUCAUGAGCAUCAACUGGUGAACCUCUUUCACUUUCAGGAGACCCAACACUCUGCAUUUUCACUAGUUUUGCCCCAAAACUCACUAAUAGUAGCCUGUAAAGAGACUUAUGCAAACUGGUGUAUAAAUACUAGAAAGGAGCGGCAGCCUGUGGAAGCUUUUGAGCUGAGCAAUAUUCUUAAAACAGCAGGUUUAUUGUCUGGACGUGAGGAGUUUACAGAUUGAAAAUGUCACCAAAAGCUCAUGAAUUAAUUAAAAGACUCCACAUUGCUACAAAGCUGGGUCAUAUUGGGCACAGAGUCAGUUAGGAAUAUUUGUGUAAUACGACUGAAGUCUGAGAGUCCUCAAAGACAGUGACACAAGACGGUAAACAAAACUGCAAAAGGCAGAAUUAUUCAUUUCUAUCAAAAGGUUAACUCAGUAGGACAAAAAUGGAAAUAUUCUGAAUUAGGAGUUGAUGGCUGUAGAGUUUUUAGAGUCGAUACUGAUAUUAAAUAUUAGUAAUCAAAGAAGUCGAUAACUGAUGUUUGGAAAUGAAAUUUGAAAAUCCUGGUGUGAAAAAUGCAGGAAACUUUGUUGAUAUAAAUAUAAGAGGAUCUUUGGAUAUGUAUUUCAUUAUUAUUCCUAGCAUAAAACCAAUCACAUAGUGUUAUAUUUACACAGAAAUGCUCCCUUCUUAUUUCUCAGUUUGUGUAUUUCCUCAACUCCUCUCCUUUUUUCUUUCGGCUCCACACCAGAGAUGUGAGCAAAGGAGGUGAGGAAAAAAACACAAGGAGAAAGCAGUUUAUGCAACAGGAAUUUAAAGAGUUUUUGUUCAGCUAAAUAUGAUGUAAGGCACAGCUGCAUCAUCUGUCCAUUGUUUUGUUACAACCUACUGCUGUAUUUUGUGAUUUUACAUUUUUAUUUUUUUAGUUAAAACACAUGCCAUGAAGUAUAAGAGGUGCGUCGCACAAAAAGCAGCUACUAUACAAAUAGACAUAGAUUCUGAUUUUGUGAUCUACAUUUGUCAGAGUAGCUGUAUGUCACAACUCUUUCAACCAUCACAUCAAAGAUUCACCUGUGCAUCCUUUUACUAACUAAUCAAUUACUAACUUCAUUGCAAAUUUGUUUAAAAAAAAAAGGAGAAUAUUGGAUCUAAUGGUCUAGCUAAAAGUUCUCUCUCUCCUUAAAGCUUCAAGGUCCUUGUUUUUUUUAAUACAUUAAAGAAAUCUGAUCAAAUGAUUAGCCUUUAGAGGGUGUGAAAGCACGAACCUCCUAAUUUAGUGUUACAGAUAAUAAACACAAACAUAAUCAGACAAAAUUACCAAUAAGACAACACUAAAAUGCGUCUUCAGACUUUCCGUAGCACUAACUGGCCUGCCGCCUCAUAGGACUCACAUUUGUAGCAUUUUCAGUAACCCCUUAAUUUUGAUGCCUGCAUAUGAUGAACAGUUAAAUCAUUUGUCAUCAUGAAAACCUCACCACUCCCCAGUCAACACAUCAACCAACUAACAUCAUCUAAUGGGAAAACAGUGACAACAUUCAUAGUAAUUAUGGGAAAUUACCAACAAACCACUUGCAUCCUCUGAAUUUAGUGUUGCGUUUUUAAUGCUAAACACCAGGAAACAAAUGCAACUCUCUUGUAAAUGCCUCCAAUAGACGGUGUAUGUUUGAGUGUAUUUAGGACAUUAGUGACUCAUGUCAAGCAAAGUGUUGCUCGUUGCCACUUUCUUCUGAUAAACUUAGCGGUCUGUAGUUGUAGUGAAUUUAUGAAGGUCCAUAUGUUGAAUUUUGAACAAAUAUGCAGAAAAAUAAGCUGAAACUACCUGUACAUAUAUGUUUAAAUAAAGCGCAUCUUUCAGGAA